GGGAGGCACCGAGCCCGCCUCGUCCUCCCUUUCUCCGAGCAUCCUCCGCGAUGCCAGCCUGGAGGUGAUACAGGCGCAGCAGCAUCCAUGGCCUGCCCCUAGCCGCGGCAUUCCCGGCUCUUCCUCACCCUCCUCCUCCUCCUCCCCGCCGCCCGGGAAGCGCCGAGCGGGGACCGCGUUCUCCCGUGGGUUGUUUUUUUUUUUCCUCCAGGCUCCUCGGAAAGUGAGGAAUGCGAUUCUGCCACCAUGAUGGAAGGACUGAAAAAACGAACCAGGAAGGCCUUUGGCAUACGGAAGAAAGAAAAGGACACUGAUUCCACAGGGUCUCCAGACAGGGAUGGCAUCCAGCCCAGCCCUCAUCCCACUGAUCCAACUUCCAAUAGCAAAGCCGAGGGCACGCGGGAAGGAGGAAAUAAAAACGGGAAGAAAACCAACGGAGCCCCGAAUGGAUUUUAUGCAGAGAUCGACUGGGACAGAUACAACUCACCCGAGCUGGAUGAGGAGGGAUACAGCAUCCGACCCGAGGAACCAGGAUCUACCAAAGGAAAGCACUUCUACUCCUCCAGCGAGUCGGAGGAGGAGGAGGAGGCGCACAAGAAGUUCAACAUCAAGAUCAAGCCGCUGCAGGCCAAGGACGUCCUGCGCAGCGCCGCCACCGUGGACGAGCUCAAGGCGUCCGUCGGCAACAUCGCGCUCUCCCCGUCCCCCGUGAGGAAAAGUCCGCGGCGCAGCCCGGGGACGAUUAAAAGGAAUUUAUCCAGUGAGGAGAUCACGCGGCCCCGGCGCUCCACGCCCACGCCAGACCCCGCCAGCAAGAAACCCGGGGAGGACGCGGCGGCGCUGGCCCCGCUCUUCGGGCCCCCGCUGGAGUCGGCCUUCGAGGAGCACAAGUUGGAGGCUGCUCUGGACCAGCCUGAGGUGUGGGGCUCGGUCCAGCCCACCAACACAAACGUAGAGUCCCCAAAACUUCCAAGACCUUUUCCAACUGGAACCCCUCCGCCGCUCCCCCCGAAGAACAUCCCGGCCACGCCGCCGCGCACCGGCUCCCCCCUGCCCCCGGCCAUCGGAGGGGACCAGGCAGCAGCAGAGCCCAAACGGGACAAACUCCCGUCCAUCAAUGACUUGGACAGCAUUUUCGGCCCCGUGCCGUCCCCCAAAUCUGCUGCUGCCACCGCGGAAGACAAGUGGGUCAAUUUUUCCGAUCAAUCCCCGGAAAACGCUCCUCCGGAGUUGUCACCUCGGGAAAAAGCUCCUCCGUCCCCGCCGGCGGCCGCGGGCAGCCCGGCCGAGCAUCCCCGCCCGCUGCCCUCGCCGCUGCAGCUGGAAGACGCUCCCAAGAAGCUUUCCGAGCAGCCCCACCUUAAGGAUGAUUCCGCCGAGCCCGUCGCCUCUCCCAAAGAUUUCGGGCCGGGUCAGAGAGCCACCCCGCCGCCCCCUCCGCCGCCCACCUACCGCGCGGUGGUCUCGUCCCCCGGACCGGGCGCCAGCACGGGAAGCACCAGCGGCUCCUCGUCCCCGGCUCGCCCCGGAACGCCGCUGGCCACGUGCGGCACGCCGCCGCCGCCGCCGCCCCGGCCCCCGUCCCGGCCCAAGCUGCCCCCCGGGAAACCCCCCGUCAGCGACGUGUCCAGGCCUUUUAGCCCUCCCAUCCACUCCUCCAGCCCUCCUCCGAUAGCACCUUUAGCCCGUGCUGAAAGUACUUCUUCCAUCUCUUCCACCAACUCCCUGAGCGCAGCCACCACUCCCACCGUCGAGAAUGAACAGCCUUCCCUCGUUUGGUUUGACAGAGGAAAGUUUUAUUUGACUUUCGAAGGCUCGUCACGGGGGCCGAGCCCCCUGACCAUGGGGGCACAGGACACCCUGCCCGUGGCCGCCGCCUUCACCGAGACCGUCAACGCGUACUUCAAAGGCGCCGACCCCAACAAGUGCAUCGUGAAGAUCACGGGGGAGAUGGUGCUGUCCUUCCCGGCGGGCAUCACCCGGCACUUCGCCAACAACCCCGCCCCAGCCGUGCUCACCUUCCGCGUGCUCAACUUCAACAGGCUGGAGCACGUCCUGCCAAACCCCCAGCUCCUCUGCUGUGACAACGUGCAGAGUGACUCCAACUCCAAGGAGUUCUGGGUCAACAUGCCAAAUCUGAUGACUCACCUAAAGAAGGUAUCGGAACAGAAACCUCAAGCCACCUAUUACAAUGUGGAUAUGCUCAAAUACCAGGUGUCUGCCCAGGGUAUUCAGUCUACUCCAUUAAACCUUGCAGUGAGCUGGCGCUGUGACCCUGCAAGCACUGACCUGCGCAUCGACUACAAAUACAAUACAGAGGCAAUGACCACACCCGUAGCUCUAAACAACGUCCAGUUCCUCGUCCCCGUCGACGGAGGAGUAACCAAACUCCAAGCUGUGCUUCCUCCCGCUGUCUGGAAUGCUGAACAGCAAAGGAUACUGUGGAAGAUCCCUGAUAUCUCCCAGAAGUCAGAAAACGGAGGUGUGGGGUCGCUGCUGGCGCGGUUCCAGCUGUCCGAGGGUCCGAGCUCUCCGGCCCCGCUGGCCGUGCAGUUCACCAGCGAGGGCAGCACCUUGUCCAGCUGCGACAUCGAGCUGGUGGGCGCCGGCUACCGCUUCUCCCUCAUCAAGAAGAGGUUUGCGGCAGGUAAAUAUUUGGCGGAUAACUGAUGGAAGCUUAUGCAAGUCUAUGGAAAAUACUAUGGAGAAUACCCAAGGACUGCUGUGCGUGGAACGGGUUUUAAUUACAGUUUAAGGAAAAUGAACUAAAUCCUGCACUCGGGACAUUUCUGUUGGAAGUGUCGACGACUUUCAGCAUUUUUCUUUUUUUCCUUGGAAAAACACCGUCUUGACCAGUCCUCCAGUAUUUACUUCUAGAUGUAACAUUGUUAAUGGUUUUAAAAUGUAAUUAUCGUAUUUGUAAAUUGUACUCAUUCCAGUAAGGCUGUAUUUUGGCAGUUAGACACUUGAGUUUUAGCAUUUUACCAUUCAUGAAAUGGAUGUAAUUUAAACUGUGGUAUAUAAAUCUAAUAGUAGUACUGUUGAAUGGCACAAUGCUUACAGAGGUAGAUUGCAUUUUGUCAAUAUAUACAAUUUAAAUACGAUACUGGUAGCUGUUAUGAAGGGGGUGCCUCAUCAAAAGAGAGUUCAGUAGAGCCCACAGGCUGAUUUAAUUUCCCUUCAGUCUUUAGUACGUCUCACAGCAAACGAUAAAAAGCUCAGCCUUCAGGUUUAUCUGGUCUAACUCCGGAAAAACAUUCUUGGAAAGGUGGAGGUUCCUAGGACAGUCUCCCAGGAAGAAAAAAUCUCACUUCCGCAAGGAGCAUUCACUCCGAAUUUCCAGCCCCGUGUUCUCUUACAGCUGCAGAUUCCCCGUUGGAAUGCCAGCAGCUCCUCCCUGCCCCGUGCCCGGGUGUUUUGCGGGGAUACAGAUGAGGAAAGAAGCAGCAGAGAGGCUGGGUGAUCCCUCUGAGCUCCCAGCGCUGGCACAAAAUGCCAUUGCUGGCUUCAAGGAUGCGUUUUCCGCGCUGCCUCGGGACGUUGGGUUGCGUUUUCACGUUGCUUUGCUGGCUUCUUUUCUGCCUUUCCCCCCAGUUUUUGAAAGCUCUACGGGUUUAGAAGACGUUUCAGAGAACUGCAGCUGCACCUGCUUCUCUGUUUUUAGCACUCAGGCAGGAAAAUGUGCAUGGAGGAACACCGGGAAACAAUUCCCCAGGGAACAGGAGCGGCACGGGGGCUGCUGACAGCAGUCAGGGCAGGAGCCCGGCUCACCGGGAGCAGCUGUCUCGUAGAGAUGGGAAAACACAUGGAAGUGCUCAGCUGGAGAAUGGGGGACAAAAUAUCAUCCCUCUGUGUUUUCCCUGUCCCGCUGUGCGCUGCUCGUUCCCGUGGAUCUCGGUCUCAUCCCACUCCUGGCGACGCGGUGAGAGCGUUGGUGGCGAUCAUGGUGCUGCAGCUGCUGGGCUGAGCUUGUUAAACGGGAGGAUUUGGCAAUAGCGGGAGGAAAGAUGAAGGAAUCUUUGUGAAAUUAAACACAGAUGCACAGGGGAGCGUCCACUGAACGGGGCGCUGGGACGUUGGGAAUGCGUAAGGCGACGAAAAGUGCUGAUUUCACAAGCGUUGCCAGGAUUAGGGCAGUGCAUUUACACUGGGAAACAGCCUGGGCGUGUUGGGAAGCACUCACGGAGCAGUUGGAUGUGGGGAAACAGAGAUCCGUGCCCAUCCUAAAAGAAAAGAAGGAAAUGUGGGGAGAUUUCAGGUGCCAGGUGGCUCCCAGGCUGAGACAGGCCCCCUGUCUGCGUGUGAGCUGACAAAAGGCAGCAGCAGGAAAGGAAAAGCACAAUUCACUCCUGCAGCUUCCCACAUCCUCACGGAUUUCGGGAGUGCACUCCCCUGUGUCCCACUGCACGAGUGAUUCUCCCCCUGAACUGGAAAUUUGUAUCAAGAGUGGAGCUCGCCCCUUGCUGACACAGGAAUAUAGGGCAAACCCUAAGGAUCAGGUUUAUGGUGUGUACACCUAUUCCAAACCCACCCAAAAGAGAACUAUGGCAUAGACCUGGAAAAAAAAAAAAAAAAAAAAAAAGGAUUUAUAAUGUAAAUAUUACCAGAAGAUAGAGAUUUUACUUUAUAUUUCAUUUGAAAGACAAGGUGUUUACAUUAGCAUUGGGUUUUUGAGUGCUUUUUAAACAGAAAAAAACCCCAUAACCCAAAGCUCCCAAGCUCAUCCUGUUUGGGCUGACGAACAAAACAGAGGUCACUUUUUGGGGAUGCAGCCCUCAUGGCCUGGGGAGAGAGAUGGGAACAGUCUGGGACACUUUGUCCCGUUUCUGGGACACAUCCCCUGCCAGUGGCAGGUGACACGGUCCCUGUGACACUGGGACCAGAAGCAGCGGUUUGGGACAGGUUUUUCCGUACUGCUCUCGGCAGUUUUUGGCACAGCGUUUUCUCGGAGUGCCCCGGGGAAGCUGGGUGUGCUGGGAGUUUGGAGAGAGAACGCCUGGCUCCAGAGAGGGAUCUGUAGUGCUCAGGGCAUGCAAGCUCUGCAGGUUCACCUCGGUUUUUAGGCAGGAAAAUCCGUGUAUUUUCAGGGAAUUUGUCUGUUUGGGGUUGCCUGCCCAGAUGCAGAGAGCAGCUGCGGCAGCAGGGAGGAGAAAUCGCAGGGAUUUGGUUUUUGUACAGAUCCCAGACUGGUUUGGGUGGGAAGGGAUCUUAAAAAUCAUCCUGUUCCACCCCUGCCAUGGGCAGGGACACCUUCCACUGUCCCAGGCUGCUCCAGCCUGGCCUUGGACACUGCCAGGGAUCCAGGGGCAGCCACAGCUGCUCUGGGAAUUCCUUCUCCACCCUCCCAGCCAGGAAUUCCCAAUUCCCAAUCUCCCAUCCAUCUCUGCCCUCUGGCAGUGGGAUCCAUUCCCUGUGUGCUGUCCCUCCAUCCCUUGUCCCCAGCCCCUCUCCAGCUCUCCUGGAGCCCCUUUAGGCCCUGCCAGGGGCUCGGAGCUCUCCCUGGAUCCUUCUCCUCUCCAGCUGAGCACCCCCAGCUCUCCCAGCCCGGCUCCAGCCCUUGGAGCAUUCCCACAGCUCUUCUCCCAGCAGGGAUUUUUCCAAGUCAGGCUGAGGCUGGAGAGGGGGCUCAGCCCUCUGGCACUGCCCAGCCCUGGCACCCUGAGCUCAGCAGCCCCGGGAUCCAUCUGGGAAAACAGAAGGAUAAAUAAAGGAGGCAUUAAAUCAUAAAUACGUGGAUGCAUGCACAGAAAUGCUCCAUUCCCUCCAUGGACCUUUUCCCUUUGGGCUCUAACCUCAGCAACCUCUCCCAAAGGAAUUUUCCCCUGGGAAUUUGGCAGCCCACACCUGCAGGGCCAAGGUCCCGCUGACAGAGCAGCAGAGUUUUCCCCCAGGGACACCUUCAGACUUGGAUUCUUACAUGGUAGGAGCAGGCAGGAAUUUUUUUGCCACCUUUCUGCUGUUUGUUGCGAAAACUCACAAUUCUCAGCCGGCUCACGGUGCUCCUCACAGGAGGCCUUUCAGGGCAGUUUUCUACUUUAACAAUAUUUCUUAAUAAUUCUGAAAUCUCUCAAUAGUCGGGAAAAAAACCCACCAAAUCAUGAGCUUUUCGUUUGGUGUCUAAAAAUCAUUGCCCUGUAUAAAUCUUCUUGGUUUUGCUGUCGUUCAGUAUUUCAGCUAAAUUCAUUUGUCUUCACCCUGCCCUUUCAGGUUUUAUCUAUUAAUUUUUAAAACAUUAGGUGGGAAACCCCUGGAAGUUUCUGUUGGAAUGCCAUCCCCGUUUAGCCAGGCUGAGCAGGGAUGGGAAGGGAAGGUACAGCCCCCUGCCACCCUUCCCGGGCUGCUCUCUGAGAUCCCUCCAGCAGGAGCAUCCUAAAAAGGAGUCACCAGCUCUCUUCCUCCCAGCAGAAGCAUUUUUCAAUGGCUGGAGUGCACUGAAAAGGUGACAGAUUUUUUAAUUUACCUAAGAAAGGGCCAAACUUUUUUUUUCCCUACCCUUUUGUUGCUUUUAUGUGAAAAUAUCUUGGUUAAAACCCCUAAAUUUGAAGCUUGUCAUGACCAAAAUAUCAUCGUGUUGUACUUUGCUGGUUAGAGAACGCUGCCUCAAAGAUUUCAUUUCAUAGCCAGAGUUCUUCUGUUCCUCUUUUCCUCACAAUUUCCCAAGGAAAUGAAUCCGUGUAGAGCCAGGGAGGUUUUAUGGUGAUCAGGAUUAUUCCUGUCAGGAUUUUAAUCCCUCUUUCACUGCAAGGCAAGGAGAAGAUUUGCAGGAACACGCCCCGCUCCUGCCUGGUUCCCUUGUCCCUUUAGGAGGGAUGCUGCUGCUGCUGGCAGUGGUUCUUGGAACCACGGAUUGAUGGUGGUGAUGCUCUUCAGAGGCUUGUGGACAAGCAGGACGUGGCGGAACACGCCAGAUCCCGGUGAGGCUUUUGGGAUACCUCGCUCAUCCAUUAGAAAUCCCAGCUUUUCUGGGACAGGGGGAAUUGCUGCGGGUGUGCUGUCCCCACGUUGGGCUCCACAUCCAUGCAGGAAGUGAGGGGGGGUUUCACUCCCAAACGUUCCAAGGCUGAUGAAAUCCCCUGGAUGCUUGGCUGACAUAAAACAAACGGAGAUGUGCCGCGUUCUGAGCCAGGAAUUGAGUCGGGGUGUGCCGGGAAGCUCCCAGGGCUGGUGGGAGGAGGGCGCAGGAUGUGGGGCAGCCCCACUGUGGCACCCCAGCAGCGAGUCAGAUACCCCCAGGUAUCACCCCGGACCACCUAAUGAACUCCCUCGUGUAUAAAAUGUUUAUAAAUAUUUGUGGAUGAAGAUGCACAGGUCUAUUUUUCAGAUUUAAGUUAAAUAAGUUAACGAAUGGCUGGCCUUUUCUGCCUAAACGUGCAAUGAGAUAUAUUAUACCUUUAGUCUACGAUGGCCUAGGUACUACUUAGUCUGUGAUGAAAACUUUGCUGCUUUCCUACUGUUCUCAGAGAAAAAAAAAAAAAAGACAAAAAACCUAUAAAAGACGUACAGGUUUGUUGCACAGGGACUACUGCAGCGAAGCUUUGUAUUUGACCACUGGUAAUAUGAAUGUGUUGUAUUGACUUGUUGAAGAUAAUCAUGAAACAACAUAUUUUAAAUGUUACUUGCCUUAUAGAUUAGAGUACGACUAUGUGGAUAUCAUUUUUGUAAAUACUGUUUUUUUAUAAAUGUCUCUCCUCCAUCCUCCCCGUCACCCAUUUCACCCACUCUCAAAUAUGCAAUUAUUUACCAUGCAGAGCGUUGUGACAAAGAAAUCCCCACGUCAGAACAAAAUUUAUUCAUUCUAUCCAUAAGAACCACAUGAAAUACCCAACUGAGUUGCAAUUUAAAUGUGAUUAUUAUUAUUAUUUUUUUCCCUUGAAAAUAAACAAAAAAAGUAAAACA